UCUCUAUAUACUGCCACAUGCUCUCCACCUUGGAUCCUCAUCAUAUAUUCUAUAUAUAUAUCUAUAUAUUCUAUAUUGUAUAUAUAUAUAUAUAUAUAUAUAUAGAGGUUGAGACAAACCAAUGGCAAUGAGUCACUUUCCUUUGAAUCUUGGUUUCUUCUCCAUGGAUGGUGGUGUGCUUUGUUGAUGGUGUUUUUAGAUGGCAUUGUUGCAUUUGAAGGGAAAUCAAGCAUGGUGUUGCAGGAGAGGGUGGUUUCCAAAGGGAAGAACAAGCCUAAAAGACCACCACAGCGUGGUCUUGGUGUUGCUCAGCUGGAGAAGCUCAGGCUCCAAGAACAGCAGAAAAAUCUAAGCCUGACUUCCUCUGCUGUUUUGGAUCCUAACCCCAUGUUCAGGUCUUCUGUGAAUCAGAAUCAACCAAAUUCAUGGGAAAGAUCAUCUCUUUCUGUUUCUUCCCACAAGAUACUGCAGCAGCAACAGCAUGACUUGUCUAAUGCUCUUCUGGUGAGCAAGAGCUUGACACCAUCCUCCUCAUCUGGAGUUCAUCUUCAGAUGGAGCCCCCUUCAAACCAAAGCUAUUGCAGCAACUACAGCACUGUAAUUUCCUCUUGGCCAGAGGAAGACACAAAUCUAGUUGAGAUGGUUGGCAUGAAGAGAUCUUGUCCGUUUCAAUUGGAGAACCUCCACUCUUCUUAUCCUUGCAAAGUCCCUUCAUUUCUCACUACUUUGAGAGAGGGAAGCAGCAUUUCAAUAUGCAAGAAAGAGAAUUCUGUUUCAGAUGGAGGUUUCCUUUCCUUGGGUCCUUCUCUUGCACCAUCUGUUCCAAAAUCCAAGCAAUUCAUGGCCUUCUCAACAACCAAACAUUCUCAAACUUCUGAUCUGAAUUUUCCACUUUAUCAUAAAAAUGCUGCAGUUGCUGCUGCUGAUGAUGAUAAUGAUACUUUCAAGUUGAGUUUCGGGAAUUCGGGACAAGCACCGCCCUAUUAUGCAUUCUUCCCUGUUAGAACAAACACUCAAGAAGCAAUGCUGAAUGAACAGAGAGGUGAAGUAUUUGAUGGUAUUGAUCUCAAUCUGAAAUUAUAGACCUUAUGGCAAUGGAAAAAACUUCAAUUAGAAUAAGAUCUUGUCUUACAUUUUUAUUUCAGAAUUCUGUUGUUGUUUAUCACUCUGUUGUUUGAAUGUAAAAACUGGAUGUCUUUCUUGUUGUUUAACUUGGUUUGUUGUUUCAUGAACUGCAGUUUGAAUUUGAUAUAUUUCAGGUAUGUUCUACAUUGAUUUAAUGUCUGUAUUUGAAGAAGUAAUCUCACUAUACAUUCAAAUCAGAAAAUGAAGUUAAUCUGAGCUAUAUGUGGUAUUAAAUGGAGGAUUCCAUGUAAAA